AUGGGUCUUUUGGCGCUGGGAACUGCGCUGGAAUGGCCGGAGGCAAAGAAGCGAGCCGACCAGGUUCGAGAAUGGGGAAUCAAACAACUUCUUGAGAUAUGGAACAAGGCCAAGGGGAAGGAGCGAGAUGCCAUGUUAUGGGGUGAUGAGGUCGAGUACUUGGUCGUCACAUAUACCAAGGAUGAAGAAAAGGUCCUGCUGUCUCUAAGACAAGCCCAGAUUCUAGAAGCUUUGGCUACUGAUAAGGAACUAGCCAAAGAAGGCUGUGUGCCUGCUCUUCAAGAUGGACCUGUGCAGAAGUCCAAAACUCACCCGUUGCCGGUCUUUCAUCCAGAGUUUGGCCGUUUCAUGCUUGAAGCGACGCCGGGCAAACCAUGGGGCAUCGGCUUUAAGGAACUGCUCGAUGUUGAGCCUGAUAUGAAGCUCCGUCGCAAGAUCGCCAAAGACCACAUGUUGUCCAACGAGCAUCCCAUUACUCUGACGACGUUCCCACAAAUAGGAAUUCCUGGACAGUUCACCGACCCUUAUUAUCCUCCAUCCGGAUCAAAACUUCGGUCACAAUUUGUUCCCGAUGAGAUUGCCAAUCCUCAUAUUAGAUUCCCGACCCUGGCUGCCAAUAUCAGAUGGCGCCGUGGCCGCAAGGUACAGGUCAAUGUGCCUGUGUUCCACGACAAGAACACUCCUACCCCUUGGAAAGACCCAACCGUCAACUAUGACCUUCACAAUUGGCCGGAGGAUGAUGAUGUACGCAACGGUGCUUCUCCCGACGACUUUAUCCACAUGGAUGCCAUGGCAUUUGGCAUGGGCAGCUGCUGUCUUCAGAUCACCUUUCAAGCCAAGAAUAUCACUGAAGGCAGACAAAUGUACGACCAGCUCAGCCCCCUGGGUCCGAUCAUGCUAGCCUUGACUGCCGCCACACCAAUCUACAAAGGCUUCCUGGCCAACACCGACGUCCGAUGGAACCAGAUUAGCCGCGCGGUCGACUGUAGAACACCCGAGGAGUUAGGAGAAAAGCCUCUUAAAAAUGAUCGGUGGAGGAUACCCAAGUCGCGAUAUGCUUCCAACUCGACAUACAUCUCAACAGAUCCCAGACUGCGGCCAGAAUACAUGGACCCCGACCUAGUCAUCGACCCCAAGAUCAAGGCCAAACUAAUGGAAGGCGGAAUGGACGACCUUCUCGCCACCCACUUCGCCCACCUAUUCAUCCGUGAUCCCAUCGUCAUCUUCGAGGAAGACCUCCAGGAGCUCGACCUCAACAAAACAGACCACUUUGAGAACAUCCAAUCCACCAACUGGCAACACAUGCGGUUCAAGCCCCCGCCCGCCGAAAACAACAUCGGCUGGCGCGUAGAGUUCCGCCCCAUGGAAAUCCAAGUCACCGACUUCGAAAACGCCGCCUUCUCCGUCUUCAUGGUCCUCGUCACCCGCGCCAUGCUCUCCUUCGACCUCAACUUCUACAUCCCCAUCAAAAAGGUCGACGAGAACAUGGAGCGCGCCCACGCCGUCGACGCCGUCCUCCGCGAAAAGUUCUACUUCCGCAAGAACCCCUUCCCCCUGCGUCCCUCCCGCGCCAACACCGUCUUCGGCGACGAAUCCCGCCCCGGCUCUGCCAUGCCCAGCCGCUGCGGCUCCCCCGGCCUCCCUGUCGACGAGGAGUACGGCGAAAUGACCAUUGACGAAAUCAUCAAUGGCUCCGCGGACGGCGACUUCCCCGGUCUUAUCCCCAUUGUGGAGAGCUACCUCGACAGCGUGAACGUCGAUGUCGAAACUCGCUGCCAGCUAGCUACCUACCUCUCCUUGAUUAGCAAGCGUGCGAGCGGCGAGCUCGACACCACAGCUCGGUGGAUUAGGAACUUUGUCGAUGCGCACCCACGGUAUAAGCAUGACAGUGUGGUAGACGACGUCAUUACGCAUGAUCUUAUUGGGGCCGUUCUCGCGAUAGGAGAGCGAGAGAGUGCGAAUAGGAACUUUGCUGGUCUUGGGAUCCAUGGCCUGCCUAGGCUGCUGGGUGGUUUUAGAGGCGGGUGUGGGCAGGAUGCCGUGACGAAUGGGGAGAACGGCAACGGCAAUGGUAAUGGCGACUUGGUUUCUGGUGCGGUUGAGGAGAAUGGCUCGCGAAAGAGGAAGAGUGAGUGGUUGGACGUGGAGCAAGAUAGGAAAGAGUAA